UCGUUUGUGUUAUAGUCGUGGCGGGUAUACUGAGAGAGACUAAAAGCUUCGAGAAACGAUAAAAAAUGAGUUACAAGUAAAGAAUUUUAAAUAAAAAUUACAAAAAAAGACGAUAAUUGUUUUCAAAAUUAAAUUCAGCGCACUUUUCGAAAUGUAAACAAAAUAUAUAUACACAGAAAUAUAUAUAUAACUGGAUACAUAAAAAAAUACAUUUAACUCAAUUUAUAUAUUUUUUGCGCGCUUAAUAAGUCUGUGAAUGUUUAAGAAAACAACAAAAACAUUAAAAAAUCAGCAAAAAAGCAACAACAAAAAAGUUAUAAAAUAAUUCUAAAAAGCAAUCUAAAAAGGCAUUGCCAUCCAUUUGUGCUUCGAAACGCCGCUAAGAAUCGUCGCCUAAUAUGUAAAGAUCGCGACAUGUUAAGAAUCUCUAAUGUCACUGUGUGCGUGUCCAAAAAUCUUGGAGUCAACUUCAAAGUUAUAUUAUUUAAUGCCGCUGUUAUUCUGCGCACAACUGUAAAACAAAUCGAAUUUUUAGAAUAUUGAAUUUUGGCAUUUGGAGUGUAUGCUAAUUUAAGUGACAAUAGUGUAUAUUACAAUGAAAUAAAUUGCAAAAUUAUAAAAAAAAAUGACAAAUUCAUAACUCAGCAACGAGAAAAGCAAAAAAGAAUAAACAAAGCAAAAAUAAAAAUUCUCCGUCAAUUAAUUUCCAAAAUCAAAUCAAUAACUCAAAAAUUAAGAUUUUUAAUAAAACAAAAAGAAAAAGCAACAACAAUAAUUACUUUAAAUAAAACUACAAAAAAUAACAGCAACUGCAGUGAAGUGAAGACUUACAAAACUCCCUUCAAAAACUCUCCAAAAAAGUGUUUACAAAACCUGAUACAAACAAAAAAACAAGGAAAACCAAUCAAACGCAGAAAUACACACAAAACACACUAAAAAUAAUCUAACGUCAGAAAGAAAAAGAAAACACACAAAAAACAAUUAAAUUAUCGCGGCAAACGCAAUAGAAGUAAUACUACAUACUGGCAACGAGUCAACAGCAACAACAACAACAAUUAAUGUGUGCGAGAGACCGCCGUCACUGCGAAGCGUUGAAACUGAAGCCAAAACAACAGCACUAGUCAUUAGCGCACAACAGUCGAACAAGUCCGGCCGUGGCAAAUAGUCAGACGACAGCAGACGGCAGCAAGCGCUAAAGUGUCUAUUAUUUAGUCAGUUUUCGUGUAAAUAUUUUAUUUAGUAUUACUACAAAUUCAAUUGAGACGCGUGCGACUUAGUCAACGGAGCAUCGAACCGAAUUGGAUUGCAGCAAACUGUAUAAAGUAGGUCAGUUGCUUAGACAACCGACGAGUGAACCAACUAAGGAAGAGGUUUCAUAUACGGUUUUGGAGUACGCAUAGAGUCAGACGAGUUGUGACAAGGAGAAAUCAGAAAUCAGUAAAGUGAAGCGUGAAGGACGGCUAGUGAAGCCGACCAAAGGCGGUUUGCUUGCAGUGACCGUACAUAAUUUGGUGGAGCUGGAGUUUGGUGUAUAGUGUGUUGGUGUAGAGAAAUAUUAGGUGGAGUUAACGGCUAAAAAAUCACUAGAUUGAACCAGAAGUUUUGGUGUAAAUUCAAGAGAUUUACUGCAAACAAGAAAGGGAUGUUUGUGAUCCUGGUUUCUUGGUAAGCAGUUGGAAAUAAAGCAUUAUACUCUAGUAAAUUCAAAAAUCUUACAACAAGCCAGCAAUAUCUCCGAAAACUGAAGUAUAACAAUAGUUCAGUUUGUUAGAUCAACGAAGAAGUAGUCUUAAAACAAAUUCAAAGUGCUAAAACCCCAAAACUACUCCAAAGAUUGAAAUAAUAGGCUGAUACAAUCCUGACUUUUUAUGAAAGAACUAUUAAUAUCAACGAGCUUAAGCAAUCAUUUUAAUUUAUUAGUCAACAUAUUCCAACAACAACUCAGAAAUAAUAAUUUAUCAUACGAUCGUAUGAUUUUUUUUUUAAUUGACUCAUAACUGCCCACAACGUAACGCGCCUUAAACAGCUGAUUACUAAAAGAGCGUUGAAAAAGAGACAACGAAAAACACCACGCCAUAUUACAAGAAAUACCGCUAUUUACAAGCGUAGAGCCGCAAAAAAGUGAAUGUGUGUGAGUAGUAAUAAAUCGAGAAAAAAAAUCGAAAAAGUUACUUUUUGCGUAAAAGUCAAUUAUUUGUGAGAUUACAAAAUAAAUGAAGUGGUAAAUGCGCGUGGCAACACAAAAAUUAAGCGUUAAAGAGAAACAAACAAACAUAACUAGUGUUAGUGACGUGAAAAUUUGCAAAUAAUUUUUUAAAACAAAAAUAACGCGGCAAACAAAUUGCCAAAAAAAAAAUAAUAACUUAAUUCUCAAGAGACGAAACGUGUAAAAAGUUUUACUAGCGAUUUUAAUUUGUUUAAAUAAAAACAAAAAAUUACAAAAAAUCACACAAUGUCACCAGCGCACCGUUUACUACAGCGUUUGCUUGCCAAACACCACAACAACAACCACACACAAAAUGUCAGUUGGCUGACAUUUUUCACAGUGCUCUUGAUGCUCUUCGAUAUGCAGUUUAAACGAGCGGAAGCGCUCAAAGUGACGGCCAAAAUGAUCUCCAACCACAAUUACCCAGUCGAAGAGCAUACGGUGCACACACCCGACGAUUACAUACUCACCGUAUAUCGCAUACCCGAUUCACCGAAAUUGCGCGGCACUGCCAACUCAACGGCCGUUGCACGCACCUCCAAACCGGUCGUCUUUCUGCAGCACGGCAUACUGUGCGCCUCCGACGAUUGGAUACUCAACGGUCCGGACACCUCGUUGGCGUACAUGUUCGCCGAUUCCGGUUAUGAUGUGUGGCUGGGCAAUGCGCGUGGCAACACAUACUCGCGUCAACACAAGCACAAACAUCCCGAUUCGUCGGAUUUCUGGAAUUUCAGUUGGCACGAGAUCGGCGUUUACGACUUGGCUUCAAUGCUGGAUUAUGUGUUGGUCGAGACAAACGACACAGCGUUGCAUUUUGUGGCACAUUCACAGGGCACCACCACAUUCUUCGUGCUCAUGUCCACGCUGCCGUGGUACAAUGAGAAAGUGAAGACGGUGCAUCUGUUGGCGCCCAUUGCAUUUAUGCGCAAUCAUUCGUUUAUGCUCUCGAAGUUGGGUGGCAUCUUUUUGGGUAAUCCCUCGUUUCUGAGUUGGGUGCUGGGCGGUAUGGAGCUGCUGCCGAUUACCAGCAUGCAGAAGUUCUUGUGCGAAUAUGUAUGCUCGGUGGAGUCUAGGUUUCGAUUUCUAUGUUCGGGAAUUCUGGACUUUCUCGGCGGUUGGGGUACGCGGCAUUUGAAUCAUACACUGCUGCCACACGUUUGCGAGACUCAUCCCGCCGGCGCCUCUACCACACAAAUUAUACACUAUCUGCAACUGUACACUUCCGGCGACUUCCGUCAAUACGAUCAUGGCAUCGAAUUGAAUAAGAAAUACUAUCAGCAGGAGACACCGCCAUCCUACAAUGUACAUGAGAUAUCCAGUUGUGUAAAUAUGUAUUACAGCAACAAUGACUACAUGUCCGCCGUUGAGGAUGUGGAAUAUCUGGCAACAUUGCUGCCUUGCGUGGAACUCUAUCGUAUACCCUAUGAUGACUGGAACCAUUAUGACUUCUUGUGGUCCGUAAAUGUGAAGGAAGUGAUCAACGAUAGAAUAAUCGACAAAAUCGCCAAGCAUGAGUUGGAGAAUUUGUGAAAUUUAUUUUCCUUCAAGGAGAAUGCUUAAUAGUCACAAAACAAAAGUGUGUUUGUUGUACAUGUUUGCUGUUUGUAAAUAUUAUUUUUUGUAUGACACUAGUAUUAUUGCAUUAUUUAAAGCAUAUAGUUAGAAUAACCAAACUAAAAAUAUAAAGAAAAACGAAAAAAAAUUAUUUAAAUUUUAAAUAAAAAAUAUGAAAUUUA